AUGAACGUAAGCGCCAAGUACAUCGUCACGCACAGCUUCUGGCGCCAUAACUACGACAUUAGCACCCCAAGCAAAAACCACCUCUACCACGUCUCGAACUCAAGCCUGACACCAGGAAAACCGGAUCUUACUUUCCACACGAGCACCGACAGCAACGGGCCGAUCGCGGGAGUCUGCAAGUUCCGCCAUUUCUCCUCGGACGCGGAGAUAGGCCUUGGCAAUCCUUCCACACCAAAUAAGAUGGAAUGGGGUUAUCUGCACAAGCAAGGCUUUACUAAACGCCAAUUUUGGUUCCGUAUGCACCUCGACGAUGGUUCCAGGCAGACUUUUACUUGGAAACGAACCCACUCCCUUGGCAGCGGCUAUGAAAAUUAUAAACUUGUCGAGGAGAGUAACAAGACGGUUGUUGCAGUCUUUUCGUCUGGGAGUGUGUUUUCCAAAACGACCGGUACAUUGGAUAUAUAUUUCGAUUAUGGGAGGAGGUUUCACCUUAUGACGCUCAUUUCCGCAAUUACGGUUGUUGAACGGGCGAGAAGAUCUAAGGCUGCCGCCUCGGCUGGCAGUACUGGUGGUGCAGCCGGGGCUGCCGGUGGGGGCUGUUGA